AUGAGUCGCCUUGUUCCCAAUGGACCGCGAAAACCAUUCGGCGACGACGAUCAACAAGAGCCAUUUCUCGAGUCUGGACGGGCCAGCCAGGAAGAUGACAUUGAGCUCGACGAGCUGGACGCUGAUCUUGGCGGGGAGAGGACUCCCGUAUCUCACUACAGAAAUUACGAUGGAAGUGACGAUCAACCUCCGCCCAAGAAGAAGGUCGCGUUCUGGCUGAUUGGACUCACCCUGGCGAUAUGCGUCCUAGGCUUUGUGGUCAACACAGAAGCUACUGCUUACGUGGAAGACGAACUGGGCUGGAAAAAGCCCUUCGCAACCAUGUACAUCACUCAUUCCUCCCUAGCCCUGCCCUGGAUACUGCACAUAUCGUAUCUGCGCUUCAAGGACAGGAAGUCUCCCUACAUGCAAUGGGUUCGCGACUACAACAACCAGCUGAGAGGAUCCAUCGCGGGCAUUGAUUCGUAUGCCACUUGGGGUCCGAAGAUGAUCUUUAAACGCCAAGGCCAGCAAGGUGGGCCUCUGGACUUUCUUGCGGCAACAAUGGCUAUUGUCACGGUCGCCCUCACCGUUUCUGGCUUGUCUUGGUUCACUUCUUUGUCUCUUACAACGCCGGCCGACUUGACUGCUAUCUACAACUGCAGUACAUUCUUUGCUGCAGCAUUCUCUGUGCCCAUCUUGAAGGAAAAGCUGGGAUGGAUUUCCAUCGCAGCAGUGGCCAUCUCGAUCGCCGGUACUUUCACUAUCGCAUAUGGAGAUACAACGGCGGAACACUCGGAAGAAGAGGGCGCAAUUGGCGCAUCCAGACUUCUUGGAAACAUAAUCGCAUGCGUAGGAGCAUUGGCAUUUGGACUUUACGAAGUCUUGUUCAAGAAGUUCGCUUGUUCUUCCAGACCCGAGUCGCAAGAGAGCAGUCUUCCUCUGACACUUGCGGCAAGUGCUAUGACUGGGUUUUACACAUUCUUUAUUCUAUGGGUGCCUUUGAUACCCCUGCACAUUCUUGGCUGGGAGGUUUUUGUCUUGCCGACUGGAUACGAAAUCCUUUGGAUCAUCAUUGCGGUGCUUGCAGGGUCCCUGUCUCUCACGCUGCUUGCCGUGCUUGUCAUCUGGACCGACCCAGUCUUUGGGUCGAUGGCCAACGUUCUUAGUGUCUUUUUCGUCGCCCUUGCGGACUGGCUCGCAUGGGGCAUUGCACCUUCCUUUCCAACCUACAUCGGUGGCGCGAUGAUAUUUGUAGCCUUUGGUAUGUUAGGCUAUGACACUCUAGGUGAGAAGAAGCAUUAG